AUGAUCCGAAAGAUAAUCAUCCUUGCUUUGGCCUUCCUGGCCUUUUCAUUAUUAGUACGUGCAGACGAACUUGAUGAACAAACCGAGCCCGCAGAAGAAGUACUAUCCGAUGUCAUCUCAUUGACGGCACAAAACUUCGGGACAAUAGUGGAUGCAGAGAAAUUGAUAAUGGUGGAAUUUUUCGCUCCGUGGUGCGGGCAUUGUAAAGCGUUGGCACCUGAAUAUGAAACGGCCGCUACAGCUCUAAAGAAGGAUGACAUCAAGCUGGCCAAGGUUGACUGCACUGCAGAAACAAAGAUUUGUCAAUCGUACGAUGUCGGAGGAUAUCCGACAAUAAAAAUAUUUAAAGACGGAAAAGUUACAGCUGAUUACAGCGGUCCCCGUAAAGCUGAUUCUAUCAUUCCCUAUAUGCAAAAACAAUUACUGCCCGCGGUUGCCGUAGUAACGCCCAGCAACUUCACUUCUUUCAAAGAAUCUGAAGAUGUGGUGAUCGUCGGAUUCUUCUCUGGCACAACUCAAGACGAAUUCAACGUUUAUAACACUGUUGCUGACGCACUACGUGAAGAGUUCCGCUUUGGCUGUGCUGUCAACUCUAAGCUUGCUUCGGAAGAAGGUUUGACAACACUUCCUGCAGUCGUGGUCUACAAAAAAUUCGACGAGGGCAAGGACGUGUUCACUGGUCCAUUCAAUGACAAAGACUUGGCCAAGUUUGUCAAAGUGAGUUCGAUAAAAGUAUUGGAUGAGAUCACCCCAGAGAACUAUCCCUUGUAUGUCGAUUCAGGAAUACCUAUCGCUUUCUUAUUCUACGAGGGUGAGGAACAAAAAGAGAAACUUUAUGAGCAAGCCGAACAAGUAGCGAAGGAAUUCAAGGGAAAGAUUAGCUUUGUGUUUAUCAAUGCAACAGCAUAUGGAGGACACGCCGAUAAUUUGAACUUGAAACAAACGUGGCCCGCCUUUGGUAUCAGUGAACCAGAGAAUGGAAACAAGUUUCCUUAUGAUCAGAGCAAAGAAAUAACAACAGAUGGUCUCAAUGAAUUCUGUACUGCCUAUAUCAACGGAGAGAUUAAACCGAACAUUAAAAGUCAACCUAUUCCCGAGACUAACGACGAUCCUGUGUACGUUCUUGUUGCUGACAAUUUCGAAGAGACUGUUUAUGAUACUACCAAGGACGUUCUUGUCGAGUUCUACGCACCAUGGUGCGGCCAUUGCAAGAAACUGGCCCCAACUUACGACAAAGUAGGCGAAGCGUAUGCUCCAUUCAAGGAUAAGAUCGUUAUCGCCAAGAUGGAUGCCACGGAAAACGACCUUCCUCCCCGCGUUCCUUUCAAAGUCGGUGGAUUCCCUACGAUCAAACUAUUCAAAGCCGGCGAAGACAAAGAAAUCGUUGAUUUCCUAGGAAACAGAUCGUAUGAAGGUUUCAUAGAAUUUCUUGAUCAACAUGCUGUUAACAAAGUAACCAUAACAAAAGCAGAAGAAGAAAAGCCGACAGAGUCCCAACCCCCUGUUGAAACUGAACAAAAACAUGUGGAGUUAUAA